CAGAAACGAAACAGGGUAUACCUGCUAGAAGCAAUCAAACCAACAGCGGAUUAACAAACAAAGCGACUUUCUUUAACAGUUCAUAAUUUGGCUAUUUAUUUGCUCAACAAUAGGCAUCACGUAUCAACAUUAUUAUUUUAAGGAUGGAGAGAACAGGGUUGAUCUUACUUAUUUUCAUCGCAACUGCUAGUGUACCACCUACAACCUCCACAAUCACUGCAUCUACAUCAUCAUCUUCAAUAGCCACAUCUACAUCACCAUCUUCAAUAACCACAACCACUGCAUCUACACCAUCAUCUUCAAUAGCCACAUCUACAUCACCAUCUUCAAUAACCACAACCACCGCAUCUACAUCACCAUCUUCAGUAGCCACAACCCCUGCAUCUACAACACCAUCUUCAAUGGCCACAACCACUACAUCUACAGCAGUUGAAAGUUCAACAGUCAGUACAGCUGCAGCAUCUACAUCACCAUCUUCAGUAGCCACAACCACAACAUCUACAUCAACAUCUUCAGUAGCCACAACCACUGCAUCUACAUCAGCAUCUUCAAUAGCCACAACCACUGCAUCUACAUCACCAUCUUCAGUAGCCACAACCACAACAUCUACAUCACCAUCUUCAGUAGCCACAACCACUGCAUCUACAUCAGCAUCUUCAAUAGCCACAACCACAACAUCUACAUCACCAUCUUCAGAAGCCACAACCACUGCAUCUACAUCAGCAUCUUCAAUAACCACAACCACUGCAUCUACAUCAGCAUCUUCAGUAGCCCCAACCACUGCAUCUACAACACCAUCUUCAGGAGCCACAACCCCUGCAUCUACAACACCAUCUUCAGGAGCCACAACCACUGCAUCUACAACACCAUCUUCAGUAGCCACAACCCCCGCAUCUACAACACCAUCUUCAGGAGCCACAACCCCCGCAUCUACAACACCAUCUUCAGGAGCCACAACCCCUGCAUCUACAACACCAUCUUCAAUAACCACAAACACCGCAUCUACAUCACAAUCUUCAGGAGCCACAACCCCUGCAUCUACAACACCAUCUUCAGGAGCCACAACCACUGCAUCUACAACACCAUCUUCAGUAGCCACAACCCCCGCAUCUACAACACCAUCUUCAGGAGCCACAACCCCCGCAUCUACAACACCAUCUUCAGGAGCCACAACCCCCGCAUCUACAACACAAUCUUCAGGAGCCACAACCCCCGCAUCUACAACACCAUCUUCAGGAGCCACAACCUCUGCAUCUACAACACCAUCUUCAGUAGCCACAACCCCCGCAUCUACAACACCAUCUUCAGGAGCCACAACCACUGCAUCUACAUCACCACCUUCAGUAGCCACAACCCCCGCAUCUACAACACAAUCUUCCGGGGCCACAACCCCUGCAUCUACAACACCAUCUUCAGGAGCCACAACCACUGCAUCUACAUCACCUUCUUCAGUAGCCACAACCACAACAUCUACAUCACCAUCUUCAGAAGCCACAACCACUGCAUCUACAUCAGCAUCUUCAAUAACCACAACCACUGCAUCUACAUCACCAUCUUCAAUAACCACAAACACCGCAUCUACAUCACAAUCUUCAGUAGCCACAACCCCCGCAUCUACAACACCAUCUUCAGGACCCACAACCCCCGCAUCUACAACACCAUCUUCAGGAGCCACAACCACUGCAUCUACAUCACCACCUUCAGUAGCCACAACCCCCGCAUCUACAACACCAUCUUCAGGAGCCACAACCACUGCAUCUACAUCACCACCUUCAGUAGCCACAACCCCCGCAUCUACAACACCAUCUUCAGUAGCCACAACCACUGCAUCUACAACACCAUCUUCAGUAGCCACAACCCCCGCAUCUACAACACCAUCUUCAGUAGCCACAACCCCGGCAUCUACAACACCAUCUUCAGUAGCCACAACCACUGCAUCUACAUCACCAUCUUCAGUAGCCACAACCCCCGCAUCUACAACACCAUCUUCAGGAGCCACAACCCCCGCAUCUACAACACCAUCUUCAGGAGCCACAACCACUGCAUCUACAUCACCACCUUCAGUAGCCACAACCCCCGCAUCUACAACACAAUCUUCAGGAGCCACAACCCCUGCAUCUACAACACCAUCUUCAGGAGCCACAACCACUGCAUCUACAUCACCAUCUUCAAUAACCACAAACACCGCAUCUACAUCACAAUCUUCAGUAGCCACAACCCCUGCAUCUACAACACCAUCUUCAGUAGCCACAACCCCCGCAUCUACAACACCAUCUUCAGUAGCCACAACCACUGCAUCUACAACACCAUCUUCAGUAGCCACAACCACCGGGUCUACAACACCAUCUUCAGGAGCCACAACCCCCGCUUCUACAACACCAUCUUCAGGAGCCACAACCCCCACAUCUACAACACCAUCUUCAGUAGCCACAACCCCCACAUCUACAACACCAUCUUCAGUAGCCACAACCCCCGCAUCUACAACACCAUCUUCAGUAGCCACAACCCCCGCAUCUACAACACCAUCUUCAGUAGCCACAACCCCCGCAUCUACAACACCAUCUUCAGUAGCCACAACCCCCGCAUCUACAACACCAUCUUCAGUAGCCACAACCCCCGCAUCUACAACACCAUCUUCAGUAUCCACAACCCCCGCAUCUACAACACCAGCUUCAGUAGCCACAACCCCCGCAUCUACAACACCAUCUUCAGUAGCCACAACCCCCGCAUCUACAACACCAUCUUCAGUAGCCACAACCCCCGCAUCUACAACACCAUCUUCAGUAGCCACAACCACAGCAGUAGCUCAGGUGUUGACGGCUCUGGUGUUUAGCUCAAAUGAAAUGUUUACACCUGACCUCUCCGAUUCAAACUCUAAUGGCUUCAAGACAAGAGCUAAGCUUGUGAAGGACCAGCUUGAACCAGUCUACAAAAGAAAGUAUCCUUCAUCUUUCAUAGGAUUGAAUGUCUUGAGCUUCAAGGCUGGGUCAAUUGUCACUUCAACAGAACUAGCUUUCAACGACGCAUCCCAACUCCCAACCACUCAAGAGAUCAAAAAUGAUCUUCUGAGUGCAAUAGACACAGGAGAAGUCAGUCUGCUGAAAAUAAUUCCCAACUCAGUCACAGUCAACAAUACAGUAGCCGCAACCACUGCAUCAACAUCACCAUCUUCAGAAGCUACAACCACUGCAUCUAUAUCACCAUCUUCGGAAGCCACAACCACUGCAUCUACAUCACCAUCUUCAGUAGCCACAACCACUGCAUCUACAUCACCAUCUUCCAUGGCCAUAACCACUGCAUCUACAUCACCAUCUUCAGUUGCCACAACCACUGCAUCUACAUCACCAUCUUCAGAAUCCACAAACACUGCAUCUACAUCACCAUCUUCAGUUGCCACAACCACUGCAUCUACAUCACCAUCUUCAGAAGCCACAAACACUGCAUCUACAUCAUUAUCUUCAGUUGCCACAACUACUGCAUCUACAUCAGCAUUUUCAGUUGCCACAACCACUGCAUCUACAUCACCAUUUUCAGUAGCCACAACCACUGCAUCUACAUCACCAUCUUCAGUAGCCACCACCAGUGCAUCUGCAUCACCAUCUUCAGUAGCCACCACCAGUGCAUCUGCAUCACCAUCUUCAGUAGCCACAUCCACUGCAUCUACAUCAGCAUUUUCAGUAGCCACAACCACUGCAUCUACAUCACCAUCUUCAAUAGCCACAACUACUGGAAGUGAUACCACAACAGCACCACAAUCAACAGGGUCUACCUUUACUUCAACUGCACCCUCUUCAACCCCCAUUGAAAGUUCAACUGUCAGUACAGCUGCAGCAUCAACAUCAUCAUCUUCAAAGGCCACAACUACUGGAAGUGAUACCACAACAGCACCACAAUCAACAGGGUCUACCUUUACUUCAACUGCACCCUCUUCAACCCCAUUUGAAAGUUCAACUGUUAAUACAGCUGCUGCAUCUAUCCCAUCAUCUUCAAUAGCCACAACCACUGCUGCUGUAACAUCCACCACUAAUGGAGUUGAUACCACAACAGCCCCACAUUCAACAGGGUCUACAUUGACUUCAACUGCCCCCUCUUCAACUCCAUUUGAAAGUUCAACUGUCAGUACAGCUGCAGCAUCUACAUCAUCAUCAUCAUCUUCAAUGGGCACAACUACUGGAAGUGAUACCACAACAGCACCACAAUCAACAGGGUCUACAUUGAGUUCAACUGCCCCCUCUUCAACCCCUUUUAAAAGUUCAACUGUCAGUACGACUGCAGCAUCUACAUUAUCAUCAUCAUCUUCAAUGGGCACAACUACUGGAAGUGAUACCACAACAGCACCACAAUCAACAGGGUCUACAUUGAGUUCAACUGCCCCCAUUUCAACCCCCUUUGAAAGUUCAACUGUCAGUACGACUGCAGCAUCUACAUCAUCUUCAAUGGGCACAACUACUGGAAGUGAUACCACCACAGCACCACAAUCAACAGGGUCUACAUUGAGUUCAACUGCCCCCUCUUCAACCCCUUUUGAAAGUUCAACUGUCAGUACGACUGCAGCCUCUACAUUAUCAUCAUCAUCUUCAAUGGACACAACUACUGGAAGUGAUACCACAACAGCACCACAAUCAACAGGGUCUACAUUGAGUUCAACUGCCCCCUCUUCAACCCCUUUUAAAAGUUCAACUGUCAGUACGACUGCAGCAUCUACAUUAUCAUCAUCAUCUUCAAUGGGCACAACUACUGGAAGUGAUACCACAACAGCACCACAAUCAACAGGGUCUACAUUGAGUUCAACUGCCCCCAUUUCAACCCCCUUUGAAAGUUCAACUGUCAGUACGACUGCAGCAUCUACAUCAUCUUCAAUGGGCACAACUACUGGAAGUGAUACCACCACAGCACCACAAUCAACAGGGUCUACAUUGAGUUCAACUGCCCCCUCUUCAACCCCUUUUGAAAGUUCAACUGUCAGUACGACUGCAGCCUCUACAUUAUCAUCAUCAUCUUCAAUGGACACAACUACUGGAAGUGAUACCACAACAGCACCACAAUCAACAGGGUCUACAUUGAGUUCAACUGCCCCCUCUUCAACCCUCUUUGAAAGUUCAACUGUCAGUACGACUGCAGCAUCUACAUCAUCUUCAAUGGGCACAACUACUGGAAGUGAUACCACAACAUCACCACAAUCAACAGGGUCUACAUUGAGUUCAACUGCCCCCUCUUCAACCCCUUUUGAAAGUUCAACUGUCAGUACGACUGCAGCCUCUACAUCAUUAUCAUCAUCAUCAUCUUCAAUGGGCACAACUACUGGAAGUGAUACCACAACAGCACCACAAUCAACAGGGUCUACCUUGACAUCAACUGCCCCCUCUUCAACCCCCUUUGAAAGUUCAACUGUCAGUACAACUGCAGCAUCUACAUCAUCAUCUUCAAUUUCCACAACUACUGGAAGUGAUACCACAACAGCACCACAAUCUACAGGGUCUACCUUUACUUCAACUGCCCCUUCUUCAACCCCAAUUAAAAGUUCAACUGUCAAUACAGCUUCAGCUUCUACAUCAUCAUCUUCAAUGGCCACAACUAUUGGAAGCAAUACCACAACAGCACCACAGUCAACAGGGUCUACCUUUACUUCAACUGCACCCUCUUCAACCCCCUUUGAAAGUUCAACAGUUAGUACAGCUGCAGCAUCUACGUCCUCAUCUUCAACAGCCACAACCACUGCUGCUGGAACAUCCACCACUAAUGGAGGUGAUGCCACAACAGCACCACAAUUGACAGGGUCUACCUUGACUUCAACUGCUCCCUCUUCAACCCCCUUUAAAAGUUCAACUUUCAGUACAUCUGCAGCAUCUACAUCCUCAUCUUCAAUAGCCACAACCACUGCUGCUGGAACAUCCACCACUAAUGGAGGUGAAACCACAACAGCACGACAAUCAACAGGGUCUACCUUGACGUCAACUGCUACCUCUUCAACCCCCUUUAAAAGUUCAACUUUUAGUGCAUCUGCAGCUUCUACAUCAUCAUCUUCAACAGCCACAACCACUGCUGCUGGAACAUCCACCACUAAUGGAGGUGAUACCACAACAGCACCACAAUCAACAGGGUCUACAUUGGCAUCAACUGCCCCCUCUUCAACCCCCUUUAAAGGUUCAACUUUCAGUACAUCUGCAGCAUCUACAUCCUCAUCUUCAACAGCCACAACCACUGCUGCUGGAACAUCCACCACUAAUGGAGGUGAUACCACAACAGCACCACAAUCAACAGGGUCUACCUUGACGUCAACUGCUACCUCUUCAACCCCCUUUAAAAGUUCAACUUUCAGUACAUCUGCAGCUUCUACAUCCUCAUCUUUAACAGCCACAACUAUUGCUUCUGGAACAUCCACCACUAAUAGAGGUGAUACCACAACAGCACCACAAUCAACAGGGUCUGCCACUGCAUUAACCACUCCCUCUUCAUCUACCUUGAAAAUCCUCACUUCUAAAACAGCUGGACCAUUCACCACAUCAAUAACUACACCAGGACCCUCAACAGCCAGUUCAAGCCACAGCACCACUUCCGCAAUUACUCUGACAGUGCCACAAACAACAGGAACAACUCAAAAAUCAUCUUUACCUGUUAGUGCAGGCACAACAGCCACAACAACAACAUCCUCCACAACUAAAGCAACUAAAACUACUACUGCAGCACCAGUCAAAACAACAGCAAAACCCCUCACAACUAAAGCAACUAAAACUACUACUGCAGCACCAGUCAAAACAACAGCAAAAUUCCUCACAACUAAAAGAACUACAACUGCAGCAGUAGCUCAAGUGUUGACGGCUCUGGUGUUUAGCUCAAAUGAAACGUUUACACCUGACCUCUCCGAUUCAAACUCUGAUGGCUUCAAGACAAGAGCUAAGCUUGUGAAGGACCAGCUUGAACCAGUCUACAAAAGAAAGUAUCCUUCAUCCUUCAUAGGAUUGAAGGUCUUGAGCUUCAAGGCUGGGUCAAUUGUCACUUCAACAGAACUAGCUUUCAACUACACAGCCCAACUCCCAACCACUCAAGAUAUCAAAAAUGAUCUUCUGAACGCAACGGCAACAGGAGAAGUCAGUCUGCUGAAAAUUAUUCCCAGCUCAGUCACAGUCAACACUACAGUUACAACUACAACUGUAGCGACAAUUGUUUCCACAACCCCUUCAAGUGGACCCAGGAUUGAAUCCGGUCUUCUCCAAGCAAUGUUCCUCAUUAUAAUGUCAACAAUAUUAAGACUUUACCUGGAGAUUCCUUAAUCAACCAAAUGAUUAAGUUCAGCAAAAUAGUUCAGCAAAAAGUGCUUGAACAAAUUAAACAAAUAGCAAGUUUUAUUGCCUUUUAUAUAGUAUUUACUGUUGUCACACACUCUCAGAAUAUGAUUAAUGGCAAUAUAGAUACGCCUAAUAUUCCAUUUAUCCUUAACAAUAAAAUUCUUGAGGUGAAAAACAGUAUGUUAAUUUAACAGCAGGCUGUUACAAGAAUGAAAAGGAAAUGUUUGAUUUGAUUGUAUGCUUUUCUUUGGAAGGAAGAAGUAGAUCUUUUUCCUCUGUAAUAUGCAUUUUCUGAUGAAAGCAGUUGUUUGUUUUACUGUUGAAAGAUAAAAUACCUUUUCAUUCAUUAAUUUAUGUCUAGUACAUGCUAACGUUGCACAACUUUAUAUUUAAUUAAAUUAUAAUGAACAUAUCACGUUUUUAUGGUUUGCUUUUAUGUGCUAAAUAUUUUCUAGUAAUGAUCAUAUUGAAAUAUGUACUAAACUGCCAUCAGCCUAGCAUCUAUAUGAUUAUGCAGUAAAAUUCAGUCAGAUACAGUAUCAUUUACAGUACAAUGUGUAAACUUUUCAAUUUACUUCUAUUAUUUUAUUUAAAAAGUUAAAUUGUGCAAUAUGAAUAACAUAAAAAUAAAUAAAGCAGUUUACAUAA